AUGAACCUGGUGAAAGUAGAACUUUUCCAAACAUCUGCUACAGUAUCUAUCACCCACAUGGGCAACCCAACCAAUGUCUGGAAGAUUUUUUCUGCCUUGCACCCUCCCAUCCUAUCCUCUUACAUCUCCACCAUCAUAAUUAAUGUUUUCAAUAUCCUUAAUGAGUCUGAAAUCUACUGCUCAUGUCUCCAAACUACUCUCUCUGACCCUCUCUAUCAGCCUCUCCCAAUUUACCUGCUCAAUUCUCUACCUGAACCCUCUGGCACCUUCUCUUCAUUUGAGUCCACAAAUGAAGAUGAAGUAUCAACACUCUUCUCCUACUCCUACUCUACUACCUCGCUUCUUGAUAGGAAUCAAUUACCAUCUGCUGCAAGUAUUGUGCUGGAGGAAGUUGGUGAAGUAGAGCUUGUAACCAUCACUCUCAUUGUGCUGGAGGAAAUUAGAGACACUGAAAUAAAGUUUUCCUUUUGCAUAAUGAGAUUGUCUGGUGCCCAACAUUCCUUUAUUGCACUGCACCUGUUAUUCAUGGGUGUUCCCUCCAUCAUGUACUUUGUGCUAAAGACCCGAGUAUUCAGGGGCCCUGCUGGCCAUGAACGUCAUAGCCAGAGCAGAAGAGAAAAACUGCAAAUGAGUGAGACACUACAGUCGGGUACCCGAAGACUUCAUGAAGAAAUGCACAAGAAUAAUAUCUCACACAUCUUUAUCCUGGGAUUUCCAAAUCUCCACAGCCUCAAUUGUCUAUUGUUUAUGUUCCUGCUCAUAGUUUACUGUGUCACCAUAUGUGGUAAUGUUAUUAUAAUAUUUUUAGUUUCAAAGAGCAACAGUCUCCACUCCCCAAUGUAUUUCUUUAUCACAAUAAUAGCUCUAAUGGACAUCAUGAUGACAACAGACAUUCUCCCCAACUUACUUCACAUUGUCCUGCACAAUGGUGGCACUGUGUCUCUUGCCUGUAUAUUACAGUUUUUUGUGUUUGGCAAAUCAGAAGUAUUUGAGUGUUUCAUUUUGAUGGUGAUGUCUUAUGACCGUUAUGUGGCUAUCUGCAACCCACUAAGAUAUAGAAGAUUCUGUGAGAUUUCUGUCAUAGCAUCAUGGUCUUUGAGCUUCUUGUUGGUGUUGAUGAAUGCAGUAGCUACAUUCAUAUUAGACUUCUGUGGACCCAAUGUUAUUGAUAAUUUCUUCUGUGAUUUUACUCCUAUUAUAGAGCUUUCAUGUUCUGAUACUUCAGUACUUGAAAACCAGACCACUUUAAUUGUUAUUAUUGCACUUGUAUUUCCAUUCAUAAUAAUCUUUAUUUCUUAUGUGUACAUCAUCACCACCAUCCUAAGCAUCCGCUCCAUCAGUGGGAGACAGAAAGCCUUCUCCACCUGCAGCUCCCACCUGACUGUUGUGUGUAUUUUUUUUGGAUCUCUUAUUACUGUGUAUAUUGUUCCAACAAAAGGACAAUUAAGAGCUAUCAGCAAGAUAUUAUCCCUACUUUACACUGUGGUGACACCACUGCUUAAUCCAUUCAUAUACAGCCUGAGGAAUAAAGACUUAAAGAAAGCUUUUGAAAAAUGUAAAUGGAAUUUGAGUGAUUUUAUGAACAAUUUCAGAUACAAAAGGGAAAAACAUUUGAGAAUAAACUAA